AUGGCUUUGAGAAACAUUGCUGCUCUGGUUUUGUUUGUGAUGAUGGUUUUGUGUGGUGCUUGUUCUGGUGCUGUUUAUAGGGUUGGUGAUUCUGAUGGCUGGAUUUCAAGAGGUCUUGUUGAUUACAACAAGUGGGCUUCAACGAAAGAUUUUCACGUCGGCGACACCCUUACUUUUGCUUACAACAAUCAAUUCCACAACGUGAUGCAAGUUUCUGAUCAAGACUUUCAAUCUUGCAAUGCUACGUCUGCUAUAGCAGCAUACACCUCUGGCUCUGACACCUUCACCCUCAAAAGGCCCGGCCACUUUUACUUUCUUUGUGGUGCUCCUGGCCAUUGCCAAGCCGGACAAAAGGUCGACAUCGAGGUCACCCUACCUGUUCCAGAAAGUAUGAUUCCGAGUCCAAGCCCGUCGCCUUAUGGAUCCUCAUCACCUUCAGUCUCUCAUCCUGAAGAGAUGUCACCAAGCUCAACUCUAAGCAUUGCUCCAACUCUUAACUCUUCCAAGCUUGGAUUUGCUGCUACCGCUUUUGUGUUGGGUCUUUUGCGUUUUGUAUUUUAG